UCUGCACAGCAGCCCACGGGGUGCCUGGCUCCAUAGCAGGGUACCUGCUGCCAGCGCCACACAUCGCCCAUCUCUGUGUCCCUGUGGCAUUAACAGAGUCCCAGUCAUCAAGCUGUGGGGUGGUAGGAGUGAUGGGACGGGGCCCGGGCACCCCCUUGGCUCUCAGGUCGCAGCAGCAGAUGCUCUGUUUCCAAUUAAUGCCGUGGCCGGCCGAAGGUGCUGGAAUCCGGGAACCUGCGCAUUCCUGCCGCACGACCGACCACAAACCCAAACAUGUUUUUGUCCCUUUCCUCAGCCUGGAUUCCCCAGCGGGCUCUGGGGCAUGGCCCUGACGCCUUUUCCAGCCCUAUAUUCCCCUUCCCCAAAGCCUUUGGGCUGAGGUGAUGACACUUCACAGCGCGUGGCACAUAGGGCAUCCAUCCACCCUGUGUGCUGGAUUUCCACUUUCCCCCAUACUGGGUAAUGUGGCAUGGGCACAUCCAGGGAGGCAGGACUAUGGGGUGGCCCCAUGACUCUUUUGGGUGGGAGCCGUGCCCUGACACCCCACAUCCCGGCAGUGGUGUACCUGUGCGGGCCACCAGAGAUGCUGCGCCGCAUCAUGCAGUUGGCACAGCGUGAGAACCUGACCAAUGGCGACUACGUCUUCUUCUAUGUCGAUGUCUUUGGGGAGAGCCUGCGGGGGGAUUCUGCCCGCGAUGCCUUCAAGCCCUGGCAGCAGGGUUCAGGGCAGGAUGCAGGGCUGCGUGAGGCUUUCCAGACGGUGCUGGUGAUCACCUACUAUGAGCCCCAGAACCCCGAGUACCAGCACUUCCAGACUCAGCUCAUCCUGCGUGCCAAGCAGAAGUUUGGAGUGCAACUCAACUACUCCCUGAUGAACCUGGUGGCGGGGUGCUUCUACGACGGGGUGCUGCUGUACGCCAUGGUGCUGAACGAGACCCUGCGGGAGGGCGGCUCCAAGAAGAAUGCCACGCAGCUCAUCGAGAAGAUGCGGGACCGCAAGUUCCAGGGGGUGACGGGACUGGUGAGCAUGGACAGCAACAAUGAUCGUGACACUGACUUCAACCUCUGGGCCAUGGGUGACCCCGAGAGCGGGCAGUACGAGGUGGUGGGACACUACUCGGGUGCAGAGAAGCAGAUCCGCUGGCUGGGGCGGCCCAUCCGUUGGGUGAAGGGGGCCCCCCUGGACAACCCACCCUGCGUCUUUGAUGUGGAUGACCCCUCCUGUGAUAAAACCCCGCUCUCCACAUUGGCCAUCGUGGCUUUGGGCACCGGGCUCACCUUUGUCAUGUUUGGCAUCUCCAGCUUCCUCAUCUUCAGGAAGCUGAUGCUGGAGAAGGAGCUGGCCAGCAUGCUGUGGAGGAUCCGCUGGGAUGAACUGAACUUUGGGAGUGCAGAGCGGUACCAUAAGGGAGCAGGCAGCCGGCUCACACUGUCCCUGCGUGGCUCCAGCUAUGGCUCACUGAUGACCACGCAUGGCAAGUACCAGGUCUUCGCCAACACCGGGCACUUCAAGGGCAAUGUGGUGGCCAUCAAGCAUGUCAACAAGAAGCGCAUUGAGUUGACGCGGCAGGUGCUCUUCGAGCUGAAACACAUGCGGGACAUCCAGUUCAACCACCUGACACGCUUCAUUGGGGCUUGCAUCGAUCCUCCCAACAUCUGCAUUGUCACUGAGUAUUGUCCUAGGGGCAGCCUGCAGGACAUCCUAGAGAAUGAGAGCAUCAACCUGGAUUGGAUGUUUCGCUACUCACUCAUCAAUGACAUCGUCAAGGGAAUGGCCUUCCUGCACAACAGCAUCAUUGGGCACCAUGGCAGCCUCAAGUCCUCCAACUGCGUGGUGGACAGCCGUUUUGUGCUGAAGAUCACUGACUAUGGGCUGGCCAGUUUCCGCACACCCUGCGACGGCGAGGACACACAUGCCCUUUAUGCCAAGAAGCUUUGGACAGCCCCAGAGCUGCUGCAGAAGGGCCAUCUGCCUGCACAGGGCAUGCAGAAAGCCGAUGUCUACAGCUUUGGAAUCAUUGUGCAGGAGAUUGCCCUGCGCAAUGGCCCUUUCUACAUCGAGGGCAUGGACCUGAGCCCAAAAGAGAUUGUGCAGAAGGUACGCAACAGCCAGAAGCCCUUCUUCCGGCCCUCCAUUGACACUGGGGUGCACAGCGAGGAGCUGGCCGUGCUGAUGGAGCGCUGCUGGGCGCAGGAGCCUGCUGAGCGCCCCGACUUCAGCCAGAUCAAGAUCUUCAUCCGCAGAUUCAACAAGGAGGGCAGCACCAGCAUCCUGGACAAUCUCCUGUCGCGCAUGGAGCAGUAUGCCAACAACUUGGAGAAGCUGGUGGAGGAGCGGACCCAAGCCUACCUGGAGGAGAAGCGCAAGGCGGAGAACCUCCUUUACCAGAUCUUGCCCCACUCUGUGGCGGAACAGCUGAAGCGUGGGGAGACAGUGCGAGCUGAGGCUUUUGACAGUGUCACCAUCUACUUCAGUGACAUCGUGGGCUUCACCGCACUCUCGGCCGAGAGCACCCCGAUGCAGGUGGUGACGCUGCUGAACGACCUCUACACCUGCUUUGAUGCCAUUAUUGACAACUUCGACGUGUACAAGGUGGAGACCAUUGGGGAUGCCUACAUGGUGGUGUCAGGGCUGCCGGUGCGCAACGGCAAGUUGCACGCCCAUGAGAUCGUCCGCAUGGCCCUGGCCCUGCUGGAAGCUGUCAAAACCUUCAAAAUCCGGCACCGGCCUAAUGACCAACUGCGUCUGCGCAUCGGCAUUCACACCGGUCCCGUUUGCGCAGGAGUGGUGGGGCUGAAGAUGCCGCGGUACUGCCUGUUUGGGGAUACAGUGAACACGGCGUCCCGCAUGGAGUCCAAUGGACAGGCCCUGAAGAUCCAUGUCUCCUCCACCACCAAAGAAGUCCUGGAUGAGUUUGGCUGCUUUGAGCUGGAGCUGCGUGGAGAUGUGGAGAUGAAGGGCAAGGGGAAGAUGCGGACGUACUGGCUGCUGGGUGAGCGGAAAGACCCCAAAGCUGUGUGAGCUCAGCGGAACCUCCCACCCCUGGGGUGCACCGGGACCCUCCGCAGCAGUACUGGGGCAUGGGGGGUCAGUGGGCACUGCACCUCCCGUCCCCUCCAUCAGCACCAGCAAAGCUCCCUCCAAGCCUCCUGCUGCCCCCUGGGUGGGAGGAGCCUCCCAGCCACCCCAGCCUCUCGGGUCCUGACUCCCCAUCCCCAACCUCUGUGGCUCAGCGGGUCUGAGCUGUCCCCAGGGCCUGGCUGCCCUCCAGGGCACUUUGCCUUCUCUUUUCAGUACUCAGCUCCCCCUGCACCUGUCUCACCCCUUUCCCAGAGAGGAAAGGAGUGGGACAGGCUUAGAUUUUGCUGCUCCUCUCCAUACCUCCCCAUGUAUAUAGCCCUCCCCUACACCCCAGCCCUGUAAAUAUCCCCUUCCCAGGUGUAAAUAUAAGCGUGCGCACAGACUAUUUUGUUGAAAUACAAAUUGCCCUUAGUCCUGCUGUU